AUGAUAUGCCCCAUCAAGCUGGAUAAGUAUGAGAAGCAAAUCAGCCACAACACCAGGAAGUUCCGCUUUGGACUGCCCUCACCAGAUCAUGUCUUAGGACUUCCUGUAGGUAACUUUGUCCGUCUCUUGGCCAAAAUUGAUGAUGCUCUGGUUAUCAGGGCUUAUACACCUGUGUCCAGUGAUGAUGACCGAGGCUUUGUGGACUUAAUUAUAAAGAUCUACUUCAAAAAUGUACACCCCGAUUAUCCAGAAGGAGGGAAGAUGACUCAGUACUUGGAAAACAUGAAAAUUGGGGACACCAUCCUUUUUCAAGGGCCAUGUGGACGCCUGUUCUAUCGUGGACAAGGUACUGGGGGUUCACACUGGGCCUCCAACUGGGAGGAAGAGGAUUCCUGCAGUAGUUCCAUUGUCCUAGGAAACUCCUCAGAGUUGAGUCACAUAGACUGGUCCUUAAAGUGAUUAUACAUUCAUUCACACAUCUACUUUACAAGGUUGUAAGCUUCCUUAAGGUAGGGAAGUGACCUGGUGUUUGCUCAUCACUGUAUCUCCAGCACGAUGCUUGAUACAUAAAAGGUACCUACUAGUGCUGAAAACUGGAUGGAUGGAUGGAUGGAUGGAGUCCACACUCAUUCAUUUACUCACAUAUACAUCAUUUACUCACUCACAGCUGUGGGUGAGUGCUCUGAGGCUCCCUAUUCACUUCAGCGGAACCUCCCUCCUUCCUCAGAAGAGAAGGUCCAGUGAUUCCUCACAGAGGCCCAGGCUGUUCCUACGUUGUGCAUCAGUGCACCAUGGUUGGCUGAGGAGGCCAUCUGUCUUUCUCCUCUGUUUAAGAUGGUGCAGCCACUUCCUUAGCUGGACUUGCCUCCUGGAAGUCCCAAGGAAAGCCAGUCAUCUUUUGCAGUCUCUCAGGCAAGAGCUUCAGAAAUCAGAAGUAUCCUCUGUGUUUUCAGGGAAAUUUUCAAUCAAGGCAUACAAAACGAGUGAGCGUGAAGAAAAACUGGCCUGUGAACUGGGAAUGAUUGCUGGGGGCACAGGUAAGAGGCUUCUCGGGGCUUCAUCCAUAGGUGA